AUGCAAAGUUUAGCGGUAAAAACAAGUAUUGGUGGUAAUGUUGGUGAUAUUGGCGCAUUUUGUCGAUCAGAUAUAAGUUAUUUAACGUGUCAAUCUCCAAAUUCUUUUUGCGCCAACAACGUUUGCACUUGCGCUCCGUUUUUUGAACUUGUCAACGAUGAAUGUGUUAUGAAACCAAGCAAAACUUUGAGUAUGGAGUGUAAAACGUGGAAAGAAUGUGAAGAGGAAGGAGAGUACUGCCGAAGUAGUAGUGGAAAAUGCGAAUGUCUGUCGAAUUAUUUUGUGCUGGGCGGGAAAUGUAGACCAGUGAUUUAUCCGGGUCAAAUUGGUUGUGAAGACUCAAGGCAAUGUGCAAAAGCUUAUCCAGGAGCAUUUUGUACAGGUCAAAACAAAUGUCAAUGUCCAGAUGGUCUGCAAGCCGCAGCAUUUACCUGUUUACAAGGUCAGUUAGCAUAUGAUCUUAUAUUCUAA